CCGCCGCCACGCCUGCCACAGGCCGAGGGCCAGUCACCCGCGGGCCGGCGUCCCGCAGCCCCUUGGCGCCCCGCCCCUGCCCCGCCGCGGGACGAAUAACGGUUACGAAGCACUUUCUCUGCCACGGAUUUCUGCUUAGUCAUUGUCUUCCAGGAAACAGCUCCCUCAGUUUGGAGUCAACUCUCCCGCGGCGGCCGCGGUAGCCGGAGCCGCAGCCACCAGCGCCUCCCUCCCAGGCUGCCGCUCUGCUGCCGGCCGGCCUCCCUCGGGCCCGAGCGCAGGCCGGGCUCCAGGCGCGAGGAGUCGGCAGCCUCGCGCUCGCCUCUCGGCCUCCCUCGGGCCUCGGGCACCGAGUCCUGUAGGGCGGCCGCCUUCCCGCCCGCCCCGUAGCCGCUUGGCCCCCUCGGGCGGCUGCUGCCAUGGGCACCGACAGCCGCGCGGCCGGGGCGCUCCUGGCGCGGGCCCGCACCCUGCACCUGCAGACCGGGAACCUGCUGAACUGGGGCCGCCUGCGGAAGAAGUGCCCGUCCACGCACAGCGAGGAGCUUCGAGAUUGUAUCCAAAAGACCUUGAAUGAGUGGAGUUCCCAAAUUAGCCCAGAUUUGGUCAGGGAGUUUCCAGAUGUCUUGGAAUGCACUGUAUCUCAUGCAGUGGAAAAGAUAAAUCCUGAUGAAAGAGAAGAAAUGAAAGUUUCUGCAAAACUGUUCAUUGUAGGAUCAAACUCUUCAUCAUCAACUAGAAAUGCGGUUGACAUGGCCUGUUCAGUCCUUGGAGUAGCACAGCUGGAUUCUGUGAUCAUUGCUUCACCUCCUAUUGAAGAUGGAGUUAAUCUUUCCUUGGAGCAUUUACGGCCUUACUGGGAAGAAUUAGAAAACUUGGUUCAGAGCAAAAAGAUUGUUGCUAUAGGUACCUCCGAUCUGGACAAAACACAGUUGGAGCAGCUCUAUCAGUGGGCACAGGUAAAACCAAAUAGUAACCAAGUUAACCUUGCCUCCUGCUGUGUGAUGCCACCUGAUUUAACUGCAUUUGCCAAACAAUUUGACAUACAGCUAUUGACUCAUAAUGAUCCAAAAGAACUGCUUUCUGAAGCAAGUUUCCAAGAAGCUCUUCAGGAAAGCAUCCCUGACAUUCAAGCACACGAGUGGGUGCCACUGUGGCUACUGAGAUACUCGGUCAUCGUGAAAAGUAGAGGAAUUAUCAAAUCAAAAGGCUACAUUUUACAAGCUAAAAGAAGGGGUUCUUAACUAUGACUUAGGAUCAUAACUUGCUGACCUAUAUUUUCCUUGAAUAUAAGAUAAAAAUGAAAUGUGUAAAAAUCUAGUUACUGCCUGUAAAUGGUGUCAUUAAGGCAGAUGCAGAUAUUCCGUUUUUUUUUUUUUGAGGCAGAUGUUCUUUAGUUAUAUUUGACAGUAUGUCAUCUGUCAAGUUUUGAAUACUUGCUUCCA